AUGAACCUUCGAGCCUUCUUCGGGGUGACGUGCGGAGUGCUGUUGCUGAUUGUCGUCGUCGUCUACAUUGAUGGUGCUCAGUACUCCGCGGUUGACGUCACGACUUUGAUGCAGCUGAUGAACUCUACUGGUUUGCUGAGCCCCAAUCCAAAGAGCGCAGCUAAGAACAAGCUGUCUGCUCUAGAUCUGAAGAGAAUCAAUGUCAAUGGACCCGCAAUGAGAAUCAUCAAAGCAACUCCUCUGAACCAUCAUUUUGUUUCGAUGACAAUGCUCCAAAGAGAGUUAGAAAGGUUGCAUGUAAGGAGAAAGGUAAUAAGGGAGGCUAUGUCUGCUGUUCGGCUUGGAAUCAUAGAUCCAGAGUCCGUUCUACAAACAGCCAAGGAGGCGUAUGACAGAGCCGACGUCGAUGGCGCAGAUACUACACCCAUUCAGAUCAACAUCAAUGUGAAUCCUAAUGAUGAGAAACAUGGGGCAAAAGCCGAAUAUGGAGCCAAUCGAGGCAGCGAAGCUGACUCGGUCGAAGUGUGGCAGCCAUUCCCGGGCAAAGAUCCGUCAAAACACGCCAUCGUUUGGCGAAAGGUUUUGCGAAAGAAACUGCCCGUCCUACGACCUCUAGCUGAAGCAAUGGAGAAUGUAACAAGCUCUAAGACCGCGUAUAAUGCAAGCACGGGGAACUAUUCCUUUCCUGUUCCGGAAGGGGCUAUUGUGCUACCUACUGCCGGCCAUGCGCCAAACAAGAACGAGUCGUCGGUGAUAGAGUCUGCAGAAGACAAGGAGCUUCCAGAAAGCGACUCCAGCUAUGUUGACAUUGAAAUCAGGCAUUAG